CGAGAAAAUAGAAAAAUGUCGUUCAAAGCCAGCGUGGGUUAAAAAGAGGACAAAAUGGCCGGAAAAGGUUUUGGGGGAGAGGUGGUCGGCUUUUUCCUGGCUGUAGCUUUCUGCGUCACAUGUCCUGAAUAUGUAUCAUCAGCUCAAAGAGAGCUCGGAAAGAGCCUCCCAUCAAAUGCGUCAGCAACGGCACCGCCCGUGGGUACAGUCGACAACGCCAUCCGCACAGGAGUGGCAGUGGAACCACCCAGACCUACACCCCGCACCGGACCUUACUUUGACCUAGCUGCUUCGAAGAACGUCACCGCGUUGCUGGGAAAGACUGCUUAUUUGAACUGUCGGGUGAAGAAUUUAGGAAAUAAAACGCUGAACAUGCAAGUGUCAUGGGUGCGACAUCGCGACAUUCAUCUACUGACCGUCGGUCGAUACACAUACACAAGUGAUCAGCGCUUCAGAGCUAUACAUCUACCCCAUUCAGAGGACUGGACUUUACAGAUAAAAUAUCCACAGCACAGGGACUCAGGCAUUUACGAGUGUCAAAUAUCAACAACGCCUCACAUGAGUCAUUUCAUCCAUUUAAACGUCGUGGAGCCAACGACGGAAAUCAUCGGCGGUCCAGACUUGUACAUUGAUAGAGGCAGCACCAUCAACUUGACCUGUGUGGUGUUGUACUCGCCAGAACCACCAGCCUACAUUUUCUGGAAUCAUAAUGAUGCGAUCAUAAGCUACGAUUCUCCAAGAGGGGGAGUCUCAGUAGUAACAGAGAAAGGAGAAACGACGACCUCGUUCCUGCUCAUCCAGCAGGCCAGACCUUCGGACUCGGGCACGUACCAGUGCAAUCCGAGCAAUGCACAAUCUAAGAGCAUUGUUGUGCAUGUGCUAAAUGAAGCAAAUUCUAUCUUUCCAUUGUCAGGUGAGUACCCUGCGGCGAUGCAGCGUGGAGGGCAAGCAUUUGCGCCGACGUCGCCUGCCCAUUGUAUCAUCCUGGUCGCCUGUCUCCUCAUUACGCUGUCUUGACAUAUAGUGACAAGUAACAACGUGUAAAUAAAAGAAUUUUAUUGUUCUAUGAUGUUUGUAUUGGUAUCUGAAUUACUCUAGUUCUCAUUUCAUUACGUUCUCAUUAUUUAAUGGAAACUUUACUACCUACUGUAUUUCACACGCUCAAUAAUUGUAAACUUAACAAGAGACUGUUUUUAUCCUUGGUUUGUAUCUCAAUUGCGGUUUUUAUUAUAUCAUGCUAUUACUACCCCAUCAACUAUUAUUACCUUAGUUGGAAGUAAUGUACAAUUAUAUCCAUAUUAUAUCUAGACUCAUAUUUCGAGGAACACUAAAAAAGGUUAAAUUAUGAUGAAAUUAUGAAUAAUAUUCAUGUAAACCAUCACCAUUAUGCUAUUUAUGAGCGAUGCUCUUGUUUAUAGUCACUAAGGCAUACAAAACGGUUAAAAGCCCAAGUAACCGCUUAUUUUGGAACCGGUUUUCAACUAAGGAAAACCGGGUUUUUCGGGAUAUUCUAUUUUGUCGUAAAACUAUUAAAAUGUAAUUUCGUAACUCAAAAUAUCAUCUUACUCAAUUAAUAAUGUUAAAUAAACCCUACCUCUAAAUGCUAGGAACUCGGGUACUUGACUACAGUACAACGACAGCGUUUGCAAAACGGAGGCCACUUUUGGGUAGCGAGAGAUAACCUAUAUACGCGCGCAAUAUAGCAACAACAACAUUAAAUAAAAUCAUUGUGCUUUGAUUUUUUCUUUCCUGUUCAAUGUUACCGUUUUAGGAACAUAGUCGGCGGUAGCUUGCAAAAGUUAGGUUUUAGCGACAAAUUAACUUAGAGACAUAGCUUUUUCGACCCAUUUUUUUUACAGUAAUAAAAACGUGACCCGUCAAUCAAAUUAAGUAAUUGAUUCGUAUGUCCGAUUUUUAAGCCUAUCACUGAUAUCACUAUAUUAUUAUGGACUAAAAAAGAUGUUUCAUUGGUUGUCUCUAAAUGCAUAUUUAUUUUAGAAUAUUUGUGUUGUUGAUCGAUUUCAUUAGCAGUAUAAAUAAUAAUCUAUAAAACGCUUAUUUGAUGUCUUUUUAAUUUUUUGACAAUUUUAAAUUAUUUGGGUGACCAUAGAAAAAUACCCGAUAAAACCGAAAAACCAGGUAAUAGAAAAUUAAAAACCGAAAAAAUCGGUUUAAAAAAUCACUCGGUUUUUGUAUGCCCUAGUUGUCGCAUCUCCCGGCUAAUAGUCAGCCCUUUAACGCCUAUAGAGCUGCUUACUUUUAACGUUCGUCUUAAGAACCAAUAGCCACAUACACCAGAACGUUUAAUCGACGUUUAAAAGACGAUUGAAGUCAUUCUUUGUUUCACAUGAAACGUUCCGUUUGGUCAGUUUUUCAUACGAACACUGUUAUCAUAGUUUACCCUUUUUAUAGCGUUCCUCUAAAUAUGUCCGUAAGUGUAUGUUUGUGUUUAUACUUGAUUUUGCUGGGUUUUUACACAUUUUGUAAGAAACAAUUGUAAUUUCUUCAGGGUUAUAAUGUAGUAUAUUUCUUUUAUCUAAAAAUUACCACAUAAUUUACGAUUAGAUAAUUGCACAAGUAAACACAUUAGCGGGAGUUCGUAAUUGCAUAUGUAAUGAUGUAACGUUCGCAUAAAAAUCAAAACAAGUAAACAUAACAGUUGUUCCUAAACAAUGAGAUAAUGAUUAUUUUACGUUGGGUUUUAAUCACUAUCAUAUAAGUCUUCUUCCUCUGAAGUGUCAUAGUAUCAAUAAUCAAUUGUUCGUUGAUUAGAUCCAUUUGCUCUUGACAUUUAUAUAUAAUGCUUCGCAUAUAUAAAGAAAUGUUCUGUUUAGCAGCAUAUCUUUUCACUGCUGACCAAAUAUUUUCAAUCGGUAUAAAUGUUGGAUGAUAUUUAUAAUUGGAAAUCGUAAAACCGUAUGCAGUUAAUGCCAUAAUUCUUGACGAUAAUAUUAGUGAAUCUAUCUUACAAAUUGCAACUAAAUAUAUCGCAGUAUUGUCCGAUCCAAACCGGAUAGAAAUCCAGUCUAAAACUCAAAUCAAAAAUAUAAACAACGUAAAUAAAAUUAUUUUCAUGUAGACAUUGACAUUGACUGUUGUUUAUCUUUACUUUCACAAAACAUAAUAACCCUCGUUUUUGCUGAUAUAUGUUUUUGCGUGUUUUCUGUAAACACACUAACACUGCUACGUAUGCAAUUCCGAGCUCUCGCAUUGGUUCUGUUAAGAACUAUAUCAAUUCAAAUGCGAAACAAGAUAGGUACAUGACUUUACCUGCUUUAAUAGAAAAUCUUAUAUAUUUAACAUAAAUACUUUUUUGACUAACAUGAAGUGCUUUAUGAAAUCCAAAAGUUUAGGAUGUAAAUGACGGGGUAGCACACAUAAAUAGCAAACUGUUAUCAUUUCAGCUUCGUCGUAAUCGGGCAAAAAAGUUAAUGGCUAUCGCAGUAACAAAGACGGAUUUACGAUAAAGUUCAAAUUGGUUACUCAGAUUAUCGCAUUCGAAUUUUGGUUGCUACACUUUUUGUGGCUAAGCUACCUUAAUCUCCAAUUAUUAACACAAAGAUUAAACACAGGGAAAAUCAGGGGAAAUCCUUUGAUCCGGCUGGACUCAAAACAGCGAGCUUACUUCUUCUUGUAUCGUAUCGAUGGCAUAUACUAUUGUGGCCCAGAACACGCCGACCGCCUCAUUAGUAGCCGCCAUUACAUCCCGUAAGUCCCCACCUGAACAAAUUGUCCUUACUCUGACCAACCUAAAUCCAAAGCCCAUUUAAAGACUUCCAGAUAGGCCAUGGCAAUUCGUGUCCAGGAGAAAGACUCUCAGAAGGCGGGCCAAACGUGGAUAAGUAUUAUUUCACGCCAAAGGUUACACCUAGUUUGAGCCGGCUCAAUGCUCAGAGGAUCGAUAUAUUUGACGAAACUUUUCCGGCUCCUCAGUCUAUGUUGAGUGAUCGUGCAUAGGGUAUGUCUGGCGGACCUAUGCCAGCCAGUGGGUACAGCAAUCUUACCGGGGUCGGUUUAAGACAACCAGUUAUUAUCCGGCAAGUCUCAUUUAAGGCCACUAAUUUUAUAUGGAUAGAACGGCUCCAAACUGGGACAGCAACCUCCCCAUACCAUGGCUCUGACGCUUUCCCAACUGAACUACAGAACGAACCAGCAGACCUUACCAAUUUCUUCGUGUGUUUGUUGCAAAUCUUUAAUUUUUGGUAUUAACGACUUUUUUAUGCUGUAGAGCCGUCCGUGAGAAAUCUAUGAAAUUUUUUCUUCACUCCGACAUCUUUACAGAGCGACCAGUCAGCCACGAUAUGGCGAGAUCGCUGGUUAGAGUCUAGCUGGAUCGAAUGAAGUUUUUUUUAUUCGAUCUUUGAAUUAAUUAAAUAUAACCAACUAGUGCAGUAAUUUCACACAAAUAAUUGAAUAUCAUAUUUUAUCGUGGUGGUAUAACAUUUCUUUUUCUUUCUUUUUUAUUUAUUGUCACUUCCUUUUUAUAUUCCAUAAUAAUUUUAAGCAUUUUUAAGAAAACCUCAAGUCAAGUACUUUAUACUGUCUUUUUAUUGAUAAUUG